AUGUUGGCGUUUUGCCUGCUGAGCGCCGUGUGGCUCGCGGCGAGUCCGGCCCGCGCUCAGAACGAGACGGAACCGAUCGUCCUGGAGGGGAAGUGCCUGGUGGUGUGCGACUCCAACCCGACCUCGGACCCCACGGGCACGGCGCUCGGGAUCUCGGUGCGCUCCGGCAGCGCGAAGGUGGCGUUCUCCGCGGUCCGGAACACCAACCACGAGCCGUCGGAGAUGAGCAACCGGACUAUGGUCAUCUACUUCGACCGGGUUCUAGUAAACGUUGGCAGGAAUUUUGACGAGGAGAGGAGUAAUUUCAUCGCGCCGCGCAAAGGGAUUUACAGUUUUAACUUCCACGUAGUGAAAGUCUACAACCGCCAAACUAUACAGGUGAGCCUGAUGCACAAUGGCUGGCCGGUGAUUUCGGCAUUCGCCGGCGACCAGGACGUGACGCGCGAGGCGGCCAGCAAUGGUGUUCUGAUCCAGAUGGAGAAGGGAGACCGGGCCUACCUCAAACUGGAGAGAGGAAACCUAAUGGGAGGAUGGAAAUACUCCACCUUCUCUGGCUUCCUGGUGUUCCCCAUGUAG